UUCAGCAAGUACAAGUUUUCCAUUCAUAUACUAUUAGUAAUAAUAACUAUUUCCUUACUAUUGCUAUUUGCUAAGAAAGGAUGGGUUUGAGGGGUAAAUUAGUUGCUCAUUUGGAGGUCAAGUGUGGUGGAGAAUUAUUUCAUGAUCACUUCAACUCUAAACCUCACCAUAUCCCUAAUAUAAGUGAUAAGAUAAACCAUUUUGAGGUUCAUGAAGGUGAAUUAGGAAGUGUUGGUACUCUUGUUGAAUGGAGAUUACACUAUGAGGGGGAAGAGAGGGUGUUGAAGCAAGUUAUUGAUCACAUAGACGAAGAAAAGAAAAGAAUCACCUUCAAAUUUAUUGGAGGAUAUUUUAUGGAAUUAUACAAGGAACUUAGUACUACUUUGGAUGUUGAAGAGAAUUGGAUAUCAUGGACAUUUGAGUAUGAGAAGCAAAAUGAAGAUGUCCCAGAGCCCAUCACACUUUUGGGAAUUGCCAUUGAUCUCAUGAAAGACAUUGAUUCACACCAUCACAACAAAUGAUACAAUCAUUAUGUGGGAAUAUUUUCUAUCUUUUAAGAUCAAGGAUAAAAUCUUUGUUUAUGUUAUUGUUUUUUUUUUUUUUUUUUUUUUUUUUUUCAGAUUCCUCUUAUGAAAUUACAUUGCGUAUCGUGUUGUUGUUAUUGUCGUUGGUGUUAUAAUUUCAUGUGUUUUAUAUAUAAGACAAUCUCUCUCUCUUUUAAGAUAGAGAUAA